CUCAUACAAGAAGGAGAGGAAGGUCGGUAGAGAGUGUUGUUGCCUCAGCUCAUUCUCUCUCCUCCUCAAUUUCCUGGACAUUUCAUUUCUCUCCUUUGCACAAAUUUUUUAGGGUUUCCCCCACAAACAUUUGAGAAAUAAUUUCCCAUAAUUUUCAACAAAGCAGGUGCCUUUUUGUUGAAUUUAUCUGAAUUUCUGAAGAAAUUUGAAGUGAAUUUUUCUGGGUUAUUGUUUGAUCAUCUUCUUCAUCAUCAUCUAGAAAGAAGAAGAUCAAAAAAUGGAUGGUGGUGAUCUAUGGAGCUCUCGUCUUUCUUCUUCAUCAUCAUCAUCUUUCAGACGUUACCAACUUCGAUCUGAGGCUUAUUUGGGAGGUGAUGAUUUAGAGGUCGAAGAUGAUUACAAACAAGAGUUUUCAUGCCCAUUUUGUGCUGAUGAGUUCGAUAUCGUGGGGUUGUUUUGCCAUAUGGAUGAAGAACAUCAAGUGGAGUUGAAAAAUGGGGUUUGCCCUGUCUGUGCAAAGAGGGUAGGAAUGGACAUGGUUGGUCACAUCACAAUGCAGCAUGGAAAUAUAUUGAAGGUUCAGCGCAGAAGGAGGUUGCGCAGGGGUGUUCCAAAUUCAAUGUUUAGCAUAUUGAGAAAGGAAUUGCGAGAAGGAAAUAGGCAAUCCCUUUUCGGAGGCUCCUCUUUCACUCUUUCUUCGUCCAAUCCAGACCCUGAUCCUCUCUUGUCCUCACUUAUAUACAGCUCUUCCUCUGCAGAAGAACUUGGAAAGGGAGAACCUUGUUCUUCUAAGGAAACAAGCCCACUUCCACAAGCUAUGGAGGAAACAAUUGAAAGUUCCCAGCACUCUAUGCUUUCUGAAAAGGAGCAUGAAGAGAAGGCUAGGAAGUGUGAAUUUGUCCGAGGAUUGCUGCUCUCCACUAUGCUUGAUGACAUCUUGUAAAGCCGAUGGCCAAGAUUGCAGAUAUUGUGAGCCUUAGUAGGGAAAGGGAAAAACCAAGAGGAUUGAAAACAAUGUUGUAACUUGUGAAAGAGAGAGAGAGAGAGAGAGAGAUGGAGGGAAUAUCAUUAGGUCUCAGGGUAAUGUUCAAAGUUAAUGUUGUAUUUCUUGUUGUAUUUAGACGGAUUAUGCAAGUGCAAUAUUUUAAAAGGUGGAAUAACGUAUGUAAUCUUACCCGUUAUGGCUUGCUUCUAGUGGUUGUUUUUUCCAUGAAAGAUUCUGUACCACAAUGGGAAUAAUAAACUUCAAAAUAAGAACAAGAACAAUGUUCUAUUUAUCCGAA